UGUUCUUGCCUUGCGGCCCUUGACUUGCGUGAGGAAUGCUUCAUUCAUUCAUUCAUUCCAUUUGCAUACAGGUUGUUUCUAGCGGACCAAAAAGCGUGUGGUAGCCUACUUUGUCAUUUCGUAUUCUUUUCCAUGCGGAUUUUUAGCAGCAAUGGAUGAGUGUCAAAGCAGCAUACUAGCACCAUGAAGGCGUCAUCGCCAAAAAUUCGCUCUGCUCUGCCCUCCCCCCAACAACAGCAGCAUUCAUCCUUGUCACCACAGCAACAGCAGGGUUCCAAACAGCACCAAGUGUUACAACCAAGUCGUCAACAGCAGCAUCUCUCCCCUUGGCAGCAGCAUCUCAACAAAUGUCAAUCUCAGCAGUCACUGCUCCAACCCCAGCAACAAUCCAGAGUUCAGGGGAAGGAAUCUAGUGAUAGGAACUAUGAGUUUUUGUCCCUUGUUGGAGCAGGUGCUUAUGGUCAGGUGUAUAAAGCUAGAGACCCUAAUAAAGAAGGAUGCUUUGUUGCCAUCAAACAGAUAAGGAUUCAGCGACAGGGCCGCCAUUAUGAGGCGGGAAUGCCCAUGGCAGCCAUUAGGGAGAUUUCUUUGCUGCGUCAGCUAGAGAGCAAAGAACAUCCAAAUAUUGUUAAGCUAUUAGAUGUCCAUCAUCAAGCUAUAUCAGACAGGGAUAUUUGUCUUUCUUUGGUGUUUGAAUUCAUUGAUCAAGACUUGAACUCUUAUCUAGAGAGAUGUCCACCUCCUGGGCUGGGUCCAGACAGAAUUAGAGACUUGAUGAUUCAAAUGGUGAAUGGCAUUGACUUUCUGCACAGUAACCGCAUAGUCCACAGAGAUCUGAAGCCACAAAACAUUUUAAUUACAAGUGAUGGAGUUCUAAAGUUGGCAGACUUUGGACUGGCCAGGAUCUAUGCUUCAGACAUGAAGCUGACCUCUGUGGUGGUGACAUUGUGGUACAGAGCUCCUGAAGUUCUGUUGACUGGUCAGUAUGCCACCGCUGUUGACAUGUGGAGCUGUGGUUGUAUAUUUGCUGAACUCUACCUGAGGAAGCCGCUGUUCAAAGGGAGCUCAGAAGGAGACCAACUGAAAAAAAUAUUUGAAGUGAUAGGGCGUCCUGAGCAUACAGAGUGGCCAGAGGAUGGAGUCUUGUUGUGGUCUUCAUUUAAACCAACUCUUCCUCCUCCUAUUGAAUCUUUUGUCCCGGAGAUAGACAACUUAGCCAAAGACUUGCUAGAGAAAAUGCUUAUUUUCAAUCCUAGUCGUCGGAUUAUGGCAAGAAAUGCUUUGAACCAUGCCUACUUUAGAGAGGAUUUGGAAAGCAUAAGGACCACAAGUUCUCUUUCUGAAAAUGACAGUUUCUCUGACAGCCGUUCAGACACACCUGUCAGCAAAUAGAUAUUUCUGCAUCCCACAGGGACUUUUCUGUAAUGGGCUUUGUCAUCUGGUUUCUAUCAACAUAGUUCAUCAAUUUUUUAUUCGUUGGACUCUUUUUUGGGAGAACAUUGAGAACACUGCUCUAUAUUUUACCUCAAAGGCUGUGGCGCACAGCACAUUGUGAUGCUUUUACCUAUCAAUGUCGGUAACAGGACCAAAUAAUUAUUCAUGGCAAUUCAUUUCCAGGCUCCACUCCUUUAUGUGGCUAAAGGACCAAUCAUUAACAAUUCACUAAGAGGCUCUCUCUCUACCUGUUAAGUGGAAAAAGAAAGGACCAUUCAAUUCAUCAUCAAACCUCACUAAUUGUAUAUAUUUUAUGUAAUAGCAUGUCAUGGAAGUCUGUUGUCUUGCUGUAAUAUGAUGUAAUGGUAGUCUACAUACUAAAGAGAAAAGUUCAAAACUUGAACGUCAGAAUCACUCAAUACAAAAGUGAACCUAAAUCUCAUUUCACGAGCUGAUAUUUUUUUGUUUCCUGUGAUUGAAAAGUUUAUAAGAUGUUUUGAAGUCAUCACAUGGAUUGACUUGCUACAUAUGACCAGAUCUGACAGUCACUCUCAUGUUUAUAACUUGUUUAUUUAAUCAUUCCUGCAUCAGCUUGACCUAUUUUUGGAUUCAAAGACGUUUGUUGUAUUCAGUUGAUUGCCGACCUAAUGAAAUACUAUGAACACUAGACAAUGAACACAGGUCAUCAAAGUGUUAAGUUUUAAACCUUGUUUCUGGUGUUUGUUUGUUUUUUUACUUAUUUUCGGAUUCUCACAUGUUAAAAGAUAAGAUAAACGCAAACAAAAUGUUAAGUUUUAACAAAGAAAAACUCAUUGUUCAGAAACAAAAUUUCAGCUGAAAGAAUGUCUUUUAAAAAGAAAGAUGCUUUUGAAGAUUUUUUUCUUAUUUCACUGUAAUUUGUGUUUUAUAAUCACAUUCAAAUAUCUACACAUAUACUGGUAUUUCAGUAUACGUUGCUUUGUAUUCAAUGCAAUGUCUUUGAUACCAAACGUAAAUCUAUAUUAAAGAACUUUUAAACAUUUUCAUCUGCAUUCUGAAUGUUUGAAGGCUGAAUACUACUACAGCUAUCUGCAAAUUAUAAGAUAUUAAAUUAAUUGCUGACCGACGUAGAAACAUUUCAGAAUGUCUAUUUAAUGGAUUUUGUGCAGCAAUGAAAUUAUUGCCGCUUACAUUUGAUUGUUCGACAGAAAUCAAAUAGUAACAUCUGUUGUACCGGUACUUAAAAUUGUGACAUUAUUGAUAUGUCAAUGUCACAGAGUGACUAGUCCAUUCAAAUCAAUAGAUACUUUUAGUCAUUGGUCUCUUAUAAUGUUAUCAGAUCGUUAUUUCUGUACUCCAUGUGACCUUGUAAACUAAUUGAGCCUCACCAUGUCUAAGGUGGCCUGGAGACUAAUUAAAGCAAGAUGGGUUCUUAAUGUUUCCACGUUGUACAUUUUGACAAUCUAGAUAAACAUUCUUGCUCAAAUCAUUUGUUUCUUGUGCAAGCAGUGAUUGUAAUAACAGUGUUAAUUUUAGACUCUUAGGGAGUCUCUGUUACAAUGUUCAUUGGGUGGUGAAUACAUCUUGUUGUUUUCAGAAAAAACAGAAUUCCUUUUUAUGAAGUAAAUUAUUUUUAAGUAGAGAAUCAUGAAUAGAUUGUACACACGCUAUGGAUUAAGCAAUAAUGUACAUUAUAAUCCAAAUUCAAUAAUAAAUUCACAUGAAAAGAUAUAAUAUAAAACUUGAAACACUUAAAUUAAAAACCCCUGAAAUGAACUCUUCUUCUCUAUAUUUAGGCUUUCAGACCAAAAGUUCAAGAAUGUACUGUCAUCUUAAAGGAGUUACUUCCCUUUCAUGAAUUUACUCUUCAAUUUAGAAGCUCAAGAAGACAAUGCAUAAAUAUCUCCUUGUUUACAUUUCUCUUGAGACCUUGACUUUUACCUGGCCCUCAUCUUUUGGAGGGGGGUUUUCAGUUCAAUUAAAACUAGAAGCGAUAGUGAAAAUUAGUGAAAAAGAAAUGUAAAUCCUUUCCUUGUUUCUGUGAAACAUUUUCUUUAGUGAUGACCUGAUCUGAUCUACUAGCCUGAGGCCAUUCUAACACUGUAAAGGGACUUUGAUUGUUUAUGUGUGUUUCACAUGACAAUAGGGAACAUUAGUUUUACAUUACAAGAGAGAUGUGAUAGACUAGUUAAACUAACUUCAAUUAAAGAAGAGUGUGCAAUGCAUUUGUUUAAAUCGCUAUAUUUAUUUUGUAUACCGUUUUUUUCUUCUGUAGAAAUUGUAUUGAUAUUAAAUGAAUAAAAAUGUUAAAAGACUAGUGUGAGGUUGACUCGGAUAUGUUUGUGUAGAGGCGAUUAAAUGAAAGUUUGAUGAUAAUACUCUAGAAGUUUGUCGAUGAGAGAAGAGAGAGAGAGAGCAAACCAACUGUCUCAUUUGACUUAUCCUAUUGAUAUCAGUUUGUGUAAACAAAAGACCAUCUGGUAGUCCAUGUUAAUAUUGUCAAGGUAAUAAUAGGAUAUUCUAAACUUAAUCAAUUAAGUACGUCAUCUUUUUAUUUUUGUCUUUUUUUGUGUGUUUGUUUUUGUAAAUAUAUAAGGGGUGAACUAAUAGCGCAGUCUGUGGUACAAAGUAUGGAAGCAUUAAAUGUGUACUUUGUUCUGCAAUAAUUGCAGUCACUUUUUUUAUAGCUUAUAUAUAUAUUAGAAUAAAACAUAACAUUAAGAAAGUGGGUACUGAUGUGUAUUCAAAAGAAGUCUAGAUCUAGAUAAUUAAUCUUUUGAAAGAAGCAUUUGAAACUCUUUCUUUUUUAACUUAUUUUAAAAGUUUUUUUUUUUUGUAACAUUCUUCAGAUCCUUCUUUUACUGAUAUACUAGCCAUUUGGAAUAGCAACAUUUUUGUUUACAUUUGAACAAUUUGUUUUAGAUCUGCUAUGAGCUUAUACCUUUUUGUAACCAACUACAAUUGAAUCAAUGCAAAUUAUUUGUAAUAAUAUAUCAACACUGUAAAAAUUUGAAACUCAUGUUUGUUUUUUAGGUUCCUGUAAAGAUUUGGAACUCGUGUUUGUUUUUUAAGGUUCCUGUAAAAAUUUUGGAACUUCUUUAGGGGUUCCUGUUUAAUGUUGACACUUGCAGUAUUUCCAGUGUAAUGUGUUACUGGUGACCGACAGAAUUGGUGUUGUAAAUCAUGUUUUCUCUAAAGUGCUUCAUCUAUUGCAAGUGUAUUUGUUUUGUUGUUGCUUGCAUGUUUUACCACAAGAAAAAUACAAAGACCUGUAAUUAUAUUUGUUCUCAAUAGUCUCUCAGUAUUGUACAGAUUGAAAGAAUAGGCCGUUAGCUUAUUGUAAUCUUAAAAAUAUUCAUUCAAAGGGGUAACAAUUAGAAUUAGAAUCCCCAAAGGGGAUAGAUUGUAUUGUAUUAAAUGGUAAAGCUGGUGAUUCAUCCAUGAUUCCUCCCUUAGAGAUUUAACUAUUAAAAGUAUGGAAAACUUAAGUUUCUUCCAUUUCUUCUACUCAGUCCAACUUUUUAUGUUAUGCUCAACCCAUUAUGUCCAUCCUUCAUAAAUCAGAUUUGUUUAGUUGAAGACCAAGACUUCCAAGUGAUUCCCUGCUCAAGUGUUCAAUACCAGGAGGUUUUGUUGUUUUUAUCUCCACAUAAUUUUCAUCCCCCCCUCCACAUACACAUUUCAAACCAAAACCCAAUUCUCCCACACACAGCCUUCCUUUUUUUUUUGAUGUUAUCAAUUACAAUGUUCUAACACACAGCCUUCCUUUUUUUUUUUUUUGGUUGAUGUUAUCAAUUACAAUUUCUAACACACAGCCUUCCUUUUUUUUUGGGUUGAUGUUAUCAAUUACAAUGGUCUAACACACAGCCUUCCUUUUUUUUUUUUUGGUUGAUGUUAUCAAUUACAAUUUCUAACACACAGCCUUCCUUUUUUUUGGGGGUUGAUGUUAUCAAUUCUAAUUUAUUAGGCCUCAGUUUCCAGUUCUCAUUUUUUGUUUUUUAAAUAAAAAGUACCAACAAUACAAUGUAUAAAUAAAUACUAAAAAAAAUUUUCUUUGCCAAAACUUUUAAAAUUUGUUUCAAGUCACUGCACAUUAUUAGCUCAUUUAUUCUAUGUAUAUACAGUCUGUUUUUGUUCAGUCUUUAUUGUAGCCAUUUAUGUUUUCACAUUUGAUUUUUUAUUUGACCUAACUGCUGCAAAACUGGUUACAAUGGCAUGUUUUCUUUUUGUAAUAAAUACUCGCUUAGGUGUUUGUGCACAAGUGCUUUGUGAUGUGUUGGGGUCAGUUCAUGAGGAUAAUAGGUUUAAAAGACAGGGGAUAGAAUGAGUGAACGUUACUGUCAAUGGUUUGUUUUCAAUUAUAAAGUUUUGAUUUAAAACCAGCAUUUCUGUCCAUCACACAUACACACUUGCCUCCUCUCCAUACAAAGUACUCUGCUGCUGGUUUUUGUUUUUGAAUGAAAUGUUUUUUGUGCAUGCUAUAAAUUUAUUGUUUGCACAGAGUUACUGAACCAGCAUUUUUUUUUUGGUAGACAAAAUCUGAAUUAAAAAAUGUCCAUUUGAUACUUAAAUAUAUUCCAAAAUAGGGUGAUUGUUUUGAUUGUUUGUAAAUUGCCUCUGAGUCAUUUGUUUAAGUAUUCUUGCAAAACACAACAGUCUCAAUAUACUUCAUUUACAUUCAUGAUGCCCUUGGGUCAAAUGGUAUGAGCUCUGCAUUGCCAUCACAACUGUCCCAAGUUCAACCCUGCCUGCUGCCCUCCUGCAGAGGAUCAAAGCUAGGACAUAAUAAACUUCAUUUAUGAAAAACAUCCAAACAUAGGAAACAAAACAUAAAUGCGCUCAAAAGGCUUGGAGAAUAUUGUCUAAAGUUACUCUACAAAAAUGUGUUUCUACAUUUGGCCGAGUUCAUAUUUGUCAACUUUGGGCUCUAUUACUUUUACUUUUGUGUGUGUGUGUGUCUUCAGUUAACUGGUCUGCCAACAACUUGUUCAUCUGUAUCCAGUGCGGCUGGUCUUUUAAGAGAUUUCAUUCAUACACAUUUUUGCCAUUCACUGGGUCUCUGGAUACAUCUAAAUCAAUUGAAUUCAACUUUCGGUAGAAUCUAAGCUAAAUACCAUAUGACAUUUUUGACUAAAUGGUCUGAAUCUAAAGACAUAAGAUUAAAUAACUUUCUAGGUAUCUUUAAUAAAAAAAAAUGACUAAACUUCUGACACCAACAUAUUCGCUUAGCACAAACUACUUUCUUACUAAUUGAGAAUGUGUGGCCAUCAAACAGUUUAUAAGCAAAACUAUUAUUUGCUGUUUUAUUUGAAUGCAUUUCGAUAGUCAACCAUUUUGUUUCCUUACAGUUUUUGUUUGAUCAUCUAGAUCAAUAUUAUUUUGCUGCUUGCCUCCCCUUGUGUCUCUAAUCAAAGUCACUGUUACAGUUGGUAGCACCGUCCAAUGGACACAUUCCAUCCUUUGUGUUUUUGUAUAUCUAGGUUUUUUUUUUUUUAGUUUUUUUUUUCUCUGUACAAUUCCAUGCUGCAUUAUGCUUGGGACCAAUAUAUUUCUGAAUGAUAUUCUACAUAGACUUGUUAUACUGAUCAAGUUUUGAAAAUGGUUUAUGAUCAAAACUGCCAUUUUAUUUGUCACUUGUUUGUUGUUUCUUCCUGGUUUUGUGCAUUCAUUUUAUUCUCCCUAUACAAAUUGUGUAUUUUAUCAAAGUGCAAAGAUUAAAAUUGGUCAAAAUCUUAAUGCAUAAAAAGAUAAUGUAAACUUAGUGUAUUUAAAAUGUAUGUUACUUUUAAAACUGCUUUUGAUAUUAAUGUAAUUUUGAAAAAAAGAUGUAGUAAUGUUUUAAAACAAGUCAAAUUUUUUUUUCAAUCAAUUCCUACAGUAUGUUCAAAGAAUACAGAAAACUAUUCAUAUAUUACUUUCUCACUUGUCUUACCUUUGCAAAUAUAUAAAUAUAUGCAAAAGGGAUCUUACUUAACAUUAUUCAAUAAUCAAUGAAGUUAUCUUUCUGAAAUUUCAAUGUGCUGUCUUGCCUAAAGAAUAGGUGUGAACUUUUAGAUAAGGAAAAUUUGUUAAAAUGAUUUUAAAAAUUUAAAGUUUUCAUUUAAGUCAAAAGUGUGAGUCAAAUGUAGGAAUUAGAAAAACAUUGUCUAAUUUUUACAAAAAGGAAAAAAAAAUAUCUUGUGUUUUUUUUUUUGUUUUUGUAAAGGGUAAAAGAUGAACAUUUUUCCAACUGUUGAUGUGGUGUAUGAUAUCAAUAAGUGCCUUGUGCUCUAUGACUUGUGUGUGUUGUCAGCUGUUUGUGGUUCGUUUGUGAACUUUUUGCUAUUAUAAAUCAUAUAUUAUCUUUUAGUUGACAUAAUAAAGUGAAUAGGAAAAUU